CGUAUUAAAAAACUGCGAAUGUUUAUUAUACGAGCUGCGCGGCGGUGAUGCAAUUAUUGUGUCACUCCUAAUUCGGCCGGCGAACCAACUCUCACGCACGCGCCAGCCAGUCAGUUUGUGUGCAGCGGGCCGUGCGUUUGCAUAUAGGGCUCCAGUUGAAAGUGAUCUCUUUUAAUUUUUGUAACAAACAAGGAUUUUCUAAAACACUAAAAGAAAAUGCUUGAUUUCUGGACGACCAUAGCCCUGGUAGGGGCUGCCCUAGCGCUUAUCUACGCCUACGCGGUCAGAAACAAUGAUUACUGGGCGCGCCGCGGUAUCCCUUUCAUCAAGCCGGUGCCAUUUUUUGGGAAUAUGGCAUCAACCGUUUUCAAAACACGAUCUUUUGCUGACGUUUUUUGUGAAAACUACAUGCAAUUGAAACCAAACGGUUACGGAGGAAUGUUCGAGUUCAUGAGUCCAACGCUUAUGGUUACUUCGCCCGAGCUGAUCCGCGACAUGACCGUCAAAAACUUUGAUUUCUUCCAUGACAGGAGAAUGAUUGUGUCAAAAGAUACCGAUCCACUUUUUGCCCGGUCUUUGCCUGGUCUUAAGGGUGACGAGUGGCGCGAAAUGCGCAACAAGUUGAGCCCCGCGUUCACCGCGAGCAAGCUCAAGGGAAUGUUCCCUCACAUCAGUAAGUGCGCCGGUCAAUUCGCCAAGUUCUUGGUGUCCAGGGAAGGUGCCAAGACUGAGCCGAUUGAGUUCAAAAGCACCUUCACCAGGAUGACCAACGACGUGAUCGCCACCACGGCAUUCGGGGUUGAAACCAACGCAGUGCAAAACCCUGACGAGAAAUUCUACAAAUUCGCACAAAUUAUGACGGAUUUCGGCGCCCUGAGGAGUUUGAUUGCCCUCGGAUUCAUGGUUUUCCCAAAACUGAUGGCGGCCGUCGGUCUUUCUUUCACGCCUAAAGAGGUGACCAACUAUUUCCAGCAGCUCAUCAAAGGCACCAUGGAUUUUAGGCAGAAGAAAAAUAUUUCGCGGCCAGACAUGCUGCAGCUCCUGAUGGCUGCCCAGAAAGGCAACCUGAAGAAGGAAGCUGACGAAGAUGUUGGAACGAUUGGCGAAGAUUCUGCUGAUUCUGAAUUGCACAAAAAACAUAUGGCUGCAAAGAAAACUGACUCAAUCCAAAUUACUGAUGAGGAUAUCGCGGCUCAGGCGUUCAUUUUCUUCUUUGCUGGAUACGAAACCGUGGCUACUUUAUUGGCUUUUGCAGCACACGAGCUGGCUGAAAACCCUGAGGUGCAGGAGCAAUUAAGGGACGAGAUCGAUGCUGCUCUUAGCGAAGGACCAUUGUCUUACGAGUCGGUCAUAGGAAUGAAGUAUUUGGAUAUGGUUGUGUCAGAAUCACUCAGAAAAUAUCCCCCUGCAGUAGGAACUGACAGAACUUGUAUCAAGAACUACAAAGUUCCUGGAACGGACAGUAUUAUUGAAGCCGGCACCACCCUUUCCGUUCCCAUAUACCCACUUCACAGAGACCCCGAGUACUUCCCCGACCCUGAAAAGUUUGACCCAGAAAGGUUCAGUGAGGAGAACAAGGCCAACAUCAAGCCCUACACUUAUUUGCCAUUUGGCGUCGGCCCACACAACUGCAUAGGAAUGAGAUUUGCCCUGCUGGAAGUGAAAUUGUGCAUAAUCCACUUGCUGGCUACCUGCAACUUGCGAGUGUGCGCCAAAACCGAGAUUCCUUUGAAACUGUCUAAGAAGUCUUUCGCCAUGACCACUGAUCAUGGAUUCUGGCUGCUCGCGAUUCCUAGAGAAAAUCCAACCUUGAAAGUCAAAAUGUUAGAUUGCUGGACGACCAUAGCCCUGGUAGGGGCCAGCCUAGCGCUGUUCUAUGCCUAUGUGGUCAGGAACAACGAUCACUGGGAGCGCCGAGGAAUCCCAUUCAUUAAACCAGUGCCAUUUUUUGGAAAUACGGCGGCUGCGGUUUUCAAAACUCAUUCAUUUGCUGAAUUGUUUUAUAUCAACUACAUGAAACUGAAACUAAGCGGUUUUGGAGGAAUGUUUGAAUUUAUGAAUCCGACAAUAUUGGUCACCUCACCAGAAUUGAUUCGUGACAUAGCAGUCAAAAAUUUUGAUUUAUUCCAUGACAGGAGAAUGGUCAUCUCAACAGAUACCGAUCCUCUUUUUGCCGGAUCUCUUGUUGGUUUAAAGGGUGACGAGUGGCGCGAAAUGCGCAACAAGUUGAGCCCCGCGUUCACCGCAAGCAAGCUCAAGGGAAUGUUUCCUCACAUCAGCAAGUGCGCCGGUCAAUUCGCCAAGUUCUUGGUGACCAGGGAAGAUGCCAAGACGGAGCCAAUUGAGUUCAAGAACACCUUUACCAGAAUGACCAAUGACGUUAUCGCCACUACUGCUUUUGGCGUGGAGACGAACGCCGUCCAAAACCCCGAGGAAAAAUUUUACACUUCAGCCCAAACUUUGACUUAUUUUGGUGGCAUAAGAGGCCUGAUUGCUCUCGGCUUCAUGGUGUUUCCAAAACUGAUGAAAGCCAUCGGCCAGUCUUUUAUACCCAAGGAGCCGAGCAAAUAUUUCCAGCAGCUCAUCAAAGGUACCAUUGAGUACAGGAGAAAUAAAAACAUUUCUCGGCAAGACAUGCUGCAGCUCCUGAUAGCGGCCCAGAAAGGAAAUCUAAAAAAGGAAGCAAACGAGGAGGUCGGAACGAUUGGCGAGGAUUCUGCCGAUUUUGAGUUGCACAAAAGACACAUGGCGGCCAAGAAGAACGAUUCCAUGCAAAUUACGGAUGAUGACAUUACGGCCCAAGCAUUCAUUUUCUUUUUUGCGGGAUUUGAAACGGUAUCGACGGUUUUGAGUUUCUUGACUCACGAGUUGGCGGUGAAUCCCGAAAUUCAGGACAGACUGAGGGAAGAAAUCGACGAAGCCCUCGUUAAAGGUCCAUUGUGCUACGAAUCAGUGAUGGGAAUGAAAUAUUUGGACUUGGUUAUUUCAGAAACUCUUCGAAAGCACCCCCCUGCAGUGGUAACGGACAGGGUGUGCAUGAAAAACUACAAAGUUCUUGGAAGUGAUAAGAUAAUUGAGGCCGGAACUGUCGUCUCCAUAGGAAUCUACCCUCUUCACAGAGACCCAGAGUAUUUCCCAGACCCUGACAAAUUUGACCCAGAAAGGUUCAAUGAGGAAAACAAAGCCAAAAUCAAGCCCUAUACCUAUCUGCCUUUUGGUGUCGGCCCACGCAACUGCAUUGGAAUGAGAUUUGCAUUGCUGGAGGUGAAACUGUGCGUCGUCCACUUGUUGGCAACUUGCAAUUUGAGAGUUUGUUCCAAAACCCAAAUCCCUUUGAAACUCUCAAAGAAGUCAUUUGCUAUGGACGCUGAGAGGGGAUUCUGGUUGCUCGCGAUUCCAAGAGAAAAACCUACUUUGAAAAUCUAAGCAUUUUCAUUCUUUUACGUUUAAAAAUAAACUCUAAAAAAUAGAGAGAUUACAUUUUGUUGAGAAUUAUAAGUAUUAAAAAAACUCAUGUUUUAAUUUCAACUGGGGACAUUAUGAUGGUACCCUUUCAACUGUAUCAUUUUAUUUUUUAAAUUGCGUUCUUUAUUAUCAUUCACUAAAUAUUUGUAAUUAAUUAAAGUAACCAUUUUGAAAUAAAUCUCUAAUCAAGCGAUUAUUUAAAAUAUUUAUAAUCCAUCGUGUGACCUUAAGCGAGAGAAUGUAAGUCAUAUUUGCAGUCAGUGGACGACUAUUGUGAGCUAAAUUUUUUUAUCAUACAAUUCAAGCAAUGACAAAUGAGGUCUUUUCGCAAAAUCUUUGUUAGUGACAUGGCGCCUUUUUGGGGCCAUCAAAUAAUGCAACGUUUCCCUGGAAAGAAUAGUAUUU